CGAAUGUGAUUUGUUGAUAUGGAGAGUGGGCGGGUUCAGGAACAUUCAUCUAACGCUGAUGAACCACCAUGGCCGCUGCUGUAGUAAGAGGUAUUGGCUCAAACCUUGCUAAAAACCUUCGAGAGAUUCGUCUACAUUUGUGCCAGACAUCGCCUGCGAGUCAAGGAGCAAGGUAAUUUUUAAAAUGUGACGUACGUCAUAUUUUCAUGAAAUCGAAAUGUGCUAACCAAUGCUAGCAUUAUCCUCAUAGCUAGCAACUUCGUCUUCGCUAGCGUAGCGGUCACAAAGCUGUCCUCAUAGCUAACACAAUCUACUUCCAGACGCCUACUGGAAACACACUGCUCUCUCGCCAAGGCUGUCGGUUUUGACUAGCAGAAGUGACUUUUCGUAGCAGGUUAGGAUAAUUAAAUAAUGUUAGGAAAAGCGUUUUAUUAGAUAAAAUGCUAAAGUUGGAAGUACAGUAUCUAGUUACAACCAGUUUUGCCCUGAAAACAGUCUUUGUUUCCACUAAUUCGAUUCUGCCUGCCAGACAGGCUACAUGUAAACAAACAGUAGUUAGCUAACAACCGCAAUUUAAGAUGGAAUAAACAAAGCUGAAAUAAUUUGUAGAUCACGCAUAGUUAUUUAACUACAGCUCUACAACAUCGUUUCUAUGAUUUAUCUUAUUAUUCAACAUUUUACUAAUAAGAUAAAUAGUAAACCCUUGUUUAUUAGCUAGCUAUUUCAGUGUUAUGAAAUAGUAUAGUAAAAUAGGAAAACAUAUUGUGAAAGUUAUUUCACUUGAUUCUUUAUAUUCCAUGUUCUCCAGGGAUUUUGUGGAACAGCACUAUGUGGAACUGAAGAAGGCAAACCCCACAUUCCCCAUCCUCAUCAGGGAGUGCUCAGGUGUUCAGCCUAAGCUUUGGGCAAGAUCUGGUGAGAGCAUUGUUUCAGUAGCUAGGUGACUCACACACUGUCACCGCUGUAUGUCAAAUGCAAUGUUUAUGGCCAUGCAUUCAUUUGGUUCUUUCAUGUACCUGUAUUGCAGAUUUUGGCAAGGAGAGCAGUGUGGCCCUUGACAACAUGAAUGCUGACCAAGUGGCUAAGGCGCUGGAGACAGUUGUGAAACCAUAAGCAUGACCAACUAUGCUCCCCUGACGACACCUUUCCAACCGUGAGAUGGAGUGUCGAUUGUAAAUGACAUAUGUAUCACAUAAAUCUCUAUUGCUGUUCUAAUAAAUCUGAGUACUAAAUUGUGACAUGCUGCU